UUUUUUGUGAAAUGUAAUGAUGAUGUAUGUUGUACAAUGUCAAUGUCAGAAAAAAAAAGAGGAUGUAGAAGAUAUUUUGUUUCCAAUAGAAUGUACAACAUGUUGGUGUGAGUGACGCGUAGAUGAUCAUUAAAGUGAGUAAAGCAGGGAACAUUUAAAGAAACUGGAAAGAGACCUUUUGAGUUACUAGGACUAUAUUGGUUGAUCUUUCUUUCUUUCUUUUUUGUGUCCUUUAAUAAAUCAAUAUAAGUGGCCUCGUUGAAUUUGAGCCGGUGGUUGAUUGUUUAUAAGUGAAUAAGAAAAAAAGUAGAAGAGACAGGUGUGCUUUCUCUUCAUAAUUUCACAAGAGAAAUGGAGAAAACAGAGGAAGUGGUUGGGAUGAAGGAGCUUGUAGGGCUUGUGAGAAUCCGAGUGAAGAGAGGGAUCAAUCUUGCUCGCCGGGACGCUCUAAGCAGUGACCCUUUUGUCGUCAUAACCAUGGGUGCACAGAAGCUCAAGUCUUUUACUGUGAAAAACAACUGCAACCCAGAGUGGAACGAGGAACUGAACCUUGCGAUUGAAAAUCCCAAGGAGCCUGUAAAUAUGAUGGUGUAUGACAAAGAUACAUUCACAGCCGACGACAAGAUGGGAGAUGCGGAGAUAGAUAUCAAACCGUUCCUAGAGGUUCACAAACGAGGUUUGCUAGAACUUCCAGAUGGUAAAGAGCUCAAUAGAAUUGCUCCCACCAAAGAGAACUGCUUGUCUGAAGAAAGCAGAAUCGUCUCUGAUGAAGGCAAGAUUGUUCAGAACAUGAUUCUUGUGUUGAGGAAUGUUGAAUGUGGCAAGGUCGAGAUUCAGCUUGAGUGGAUUAAAAAUCCAGGUGGUUGUGGACUCUGAAAUAGAGAUAUGAAGUUUGUUUAUGAUUCUCUGUAAUAAAAAAAAAAAAGAAAUCUCAGUUCGUUUUGGCUUUCAGACAAAGUUACAAUAAGUAGAACAGAGUACUUACUCUGCUUUGUAAUUGAAUGAUUUUGGUUUUAGAUCUAACCGAAACCGUUUUGGUUUCCCGCGAGUUUUAAUUUUAUUUUGGUGUUUGUUAAACAUGUGAAGGUUUGCAA